AAACCAGGCGGGCGACGCUUCAUUCCCCAAUUUUUGUUUGUUCUCCUCACCGCUGCGCUGCGCUGCACGCGAGAAAUCCGACCCCAUUCGCGCCCAUGGCUCCCACACUUCCCGCCAAAAGCCGCAAGCAGGCGCCUUCGUCGCCCCGCUGCGAGGAGACGAAAGCGCCGCCGACAGGAAGCAGCGCGUCGGAUCCCGCCGCGCCCGACGGUCACCUCGACAGGAAGCAGCGCGUCGGCGCGAAGGAGCUCGGCGAGAAGAAGCGCAGCCUCAAGCGCCGCUAUGACCGCGACGCCAAGAAGGCUGCGCCGCCCGCCGGCGACCACGAGCGCCGCCUCUACUUCUCUAGGGACGUCUGGGGCGGCCACUCCCCGCCGAAACCACAAAUCCGGGAUCGUGCCGCGGAAGAGAAGAGCGCUGGCGUGCUUACCAGCAACGAUGCCGCCCAAGCGAAGAGCGCCGGCGACCUGCCACCAACCGCCGAAGCGAAAAACGCCGGCGAGCAAACAGGCAAGGACGCGCUGGCGCCCAAAGCCAGGACUUUGGCUGAGAUGCACGAGCUGUAUCCUUGCCUUGUUGAUGAGGCCAUGGUCCUUGUCGAUCCGGCGGACCUGGGGAGGGUGCUCCCCAGCAUUGGCGACUGCGAGGCCCAGGCGCUGGACAAAAACAUCAAGAAGAUGAGGAUGCAGCUCACCAAGGCCAUCACGGAAUCGGCAAGGAUGAAAAAUAUGGAAAUGCGUACAGCACCUCUGUGUGCAUCCACUAAGCUUCAACCAGAAAAGUUAAGAGCAGAAAAUGAGAAUAAUCUUUUGUUUGACCGUUUGGACAAAACUGAUGAUAUGGAUAUUUGUGCUCAAGGGCGAUUGGCACGAGUUGAACAUGAAAUAGUGGAAUUGAGACAAAUUGUGAUAGCUUCUCAGUCUCAGGCAAAGAUAGAAAGCAAUCCGCGCUAUGAUAAUUCAUCAGUGAAGGGUAUAAGAUGUGAAUCUACAGGGAGUGGUCUUCAGUCGAUUGUAGCUGAAAAUCAGAUUCCAUGCAAUAUACUACAAAAGAAGAUGGCAGCACCAAAUAGCCUGUCUCAUACAAAGGACGAGGAGGUUACCUCUAAGUAUUAUUGUGCCCUUCCCCGCAAUGUUCUCUGCAAUAAUAAACUGCAAGGUAUGUUGCCACCAAAAAGGAAGUUUCAUGGUAGGAGGAGGAAGAUUGAUGCUGAAAGUCAGACUCCAUGCAAUGCGGGUGGCAAAGAGGUUGUUUUGCUUUCAAUAGUAAGGCCACAUACUCCUGUAGCCAAGGCUAUUCUUCAAACAAGCUCUCAGUCUGCAAUAGUGGGGGGCACACGACUUGGGACCCAAUGUUGUAUGGUGUUUGUGAGUGAUGUGUUGCAAGGAGAUGCUCCACUGUUACGCCCAUAUGGGAACAUGAAGAAGAUGUUCGACGCACUUAAAUGUUCCAUUGCGUGGCCACGUGAACAGAUCCGAGAUAAUACCAUUGCUUCCAGGGAAACACCUGUCCAAUCAUCUCAUCAUGGUCAGUGACAAAGCGCCUUUUGCAACUGAGAUGGCAUUGUGUUGGUCUGCACAUAACAGUGGAUGUGAAUAGUGACAUAUUAUGUUUUUGACCUUCAAAUAGGGUAGACACCUUUGGUAUGAUUGUACUAAGCAACUAGGUGCGACAGUUUAUCAUAUGAUACAAUGUGGUGUGAGAUCACUUAGUUUAAAAGAUCAGAUUAUAAUUUCAAACAUGCAUAGACGAAGCCUGACUGUUGUUUGAUAGCCGUAUCUUCCCCUGAUUCAUUUUUGGAUUGUAUUCAUUGCGAAGAUUACCAAGUCUGGUGCCCAGACAGCCCCACCGAAACCCUGCGAGUAAU